CACACAACCUCUUUCCCAGCAGGGCUGGAUGUGCUGGGAGGGGCUCCGCCCCUCCCUGGCCGCUCUUAAGUUGCUGGCUCUCAGGGCAGCGGUGCAGUGCUCAGCCAGAGCUCUGGGUGCAGGAUCUCAGGUCCCAGAGGGAGGACCCUAAGCCACCAUGCGCUACACUAGGGGAGUCCCACGUAACCUGGCUUCUCUCAGGGUCCGAAUGCACAGCCGUGUGGAUUAUUUCUGUGAUAUGAUGGGAAAUCAACCAGAAGAAGCACAGAUGGAGGCAGCCCUAUUCGAGAUGGAGGAGGCACUCAGCGAGGACAUCGUGGAGUACCUGGAAGAUCACAUUCAAGAGAACCUUCCAGAAUCCCAGCAGGAGUCCAGUGCCUUGCUUCUGGAAGUACUGCAAGAAGUACGCCGCAGAAUCCAGAGACCCUCGGUCUCUGCCUCCCUGGAGGUCCAGAAUCCGGAAGAGAGCAUCUGGGCCAGAGCCCGGCGGCGGUUCCUGGGCUUUCUGCAGAGUCUGCGGCAAUGAUGUUGGGAUGUGCUGACCUGGCUGUGGGAGAAGGCGGCGGCCAUCCUAGAGGCCAUCUGCUGUGCGGUGGAGGCCGUCUGGGGAUUGCUGAGUGGUUUCAGCUUCUCUGCAGGGCAACUCUUCGGAAACCUCAUCCAGGUCUAGGAGCCCCAGGUCGUUCUGGAGGAGCCCCACCUCAUCCAGAAGGCCUUGCAUGUUCCCCUUCCUGGAAACCAUCUUCUCAAGCGGCCUUUACCCUCCUGCUCACCCUUGACCCUGACCCGUCCUUUAACUGCCCUCACCGCCUGUCCUGCAGGGAGGACACCACAGCAUCAGGCCAGGUUUUCCUUCUCCAGGGCUGACCUGCUGUCAGGGAGGCGGUUGCUCUGCUGACCCGGGGCUGUGGGAGAGGCUUGGAAGCCAGGAGGCCCCAAGGACCACGGUGGCUUCCGUGGGUCAGCCUCCCUCAGUGUCUCUGCCUGUCGCUCCAGACCUGUCAGAUGGGGCGGUGAGCUGAUUCUCGGUGAGGGGGACCUCUGAGGGCUGGCUAUGGGUCCAGCAGGAGGAGGCAUGGUGGACCCUGACCCUGAUGUUAGUAUCUUGGUGCCCUCAGCAUCCUAAGGGACCCAGCUUGCUGUCAGCUCAGGCCCCAGCAGGCAAGAGACCAGGAGGAAGGCUGUCCCUGUCUCCUGGGCCUGCCCCUUCCUGUCUGAGGAGGACAGCAGCCUGUCUGGCCUUCCUUGUGGCAGAGCCCCAUUCCGGCCACACCCUUCCCCCUUCACAUCCAGGGGGUCCCUCUGACAGGCCUGAGGCUGGACGGCCUCCCUCUGGCCUGAGUUCCCCGCUGCAAGGAGCCACCCCUGCCAGGCCCUGAGCAGCCUUGACUUCCUGGCCCUGUCCUUGCCUCACCUCCCCAUCAGUAUGCAAGUCUCUGACUUUCCCCUGCGUCCUCCAGUGAGCCUGUGCUCAACCUCCACUUGCCUAUUCCCAUGUUUUCUUUUCCAUAAUGACCUUACAUCUGAUAUACUACUUCUCACGCUGGAGAUGUUACUCAGUUGAUAUAAGUAGUAAGGUUUUUUGGUUUGGCAUUAAAUUUAUUCCCCGUUUCAACAUCA